AUGUCAUUAUCAUCAUCACAAGUGAUUCUUACUAUUUCUCAAUAUUAUACUAUUUAUAGUAGUUUCAUUCUUUUAUUUUCUGGUAUUUUUGGACAUACUGCUAUCAUUUUUGUAUUAGCUCAUCUCAAAAGUUUCCGCGGUAAUCCAUCUGCUUUUUAUCUGAUUACAGAAUCGAUUGUUGAUUUGCUGGAAAUAAUAAUUUUAUUAACAUCUCGUAUUGCAAUGUAUGGUUUUGGUAAUGAUCUAACACAGAUAUCAUUAUUUUGGUGUCGAUUAAGAGCGUUAUUUGUACAAUCUUUUACUCUUAUUUCAUUUAGUAUUGUUUGUUUUGCUGCUAUUGAUCAAUAUUUAUCAACAAGUUAUUAUCCAUUUUUAAGACAAAAAAGUACAAUAAAAUUAGCUAAACUACUUACUAUUAUUGCAAUAAUAAUAUGUAUCUUACAUGGUAUACCAGUGCUGUUUCUAUUUGAAAUUCAUUCAACCUAUGGAUGUUAUGCAUAUAAUGUUAUUUUCUUUAAUUAUAUUACAUAUUUCUAUUAUCUUAUACUCACUGGUGCUUUACCAAUUAUUAUUUCAACAAUUUUUAGUGUAUUAGCUUAUCAAAAUGUUCGUCAUAUUGUACGACGACAUAUGUCAAUGAGUCGACGAAAAUUUGAUCAACAAUUGACAGCAAUGAUUCUUAUUCGAGUUGGAUUUUUAGUCAUUAUGACAUUACCGUAUGUUUUACAACGUAUUUAUACACUUAGUACGCCCAUCACUAAUAGCAAUAUAAUGUCUCAAGCCAUUGUACAACUUAUUGCAACUAUUACUACUUCAUUUUAUUUUCUUAACUAUACAGUAAGUUAA